AUCCCAUAAAAAAUAUCACGUGCUAAACUCAAUCCAAAGAAAAACACCACGAACAUAUUUACAUAUCUCUCGCUCUUCCCACACACACUCUGUCUCUACCACUUUCUCUCUCUUCUUUCUCUAUCUAUCUGUAUUUUUCCGGUGACACUUUUUCCGGCGCUCAACAUUCGACGCUUAUUCAUUUCGAUAAACAUCUUGCUGGACUUUUUCUUGAUUCCUCUCUUCUUUUCAUCUUCAAUUCAAUUCAAUUCAACUUCUCUGCAAUUUUACUCAGAUCUGCAACUCUCUAAUUUGCCGGCGAUUUCUCUCUCGUCCUUCUUAGUUUUUCGCCGGCGAAGGAAUCUCCGACGAAUUCAAUCUUUUAUCAGCUGGAAUAUUCGAAAGGAAUCUUAUGUUAGGGUUGUAAUCGUGUUUUGUCGACGCUCUGCGGUAAUCUUUCGUCGACCUAACCCUAGCUCGUUGCCUAGUAUUAAAUUGUUCAAGUUGUUGAUAUAGGAAUCUCCUCUUCCAGGUAAUUGUUGCAUCUAGGAUAUGGCAAAUCCCAAAGGGUCUGCAAACUUCAGAAACCUGAUGCAAAAUGGGAAGAACUCUCUACUUCCCCCUAAAAGUCCAUUUCCCAGCAUCACUCCGUCUUACCCUGAUUAUGGACCCAACACAUGUUUGGGAUCAAAACUUGCCUCAAAGUGCAGAGAUGGAAAUGCGUAUCAUCAAAGAACUUCGUCAGAGAGCGUUAUAGAUGAGCAGCCUUCUUGGUUGGAUGAACUUCUAAAUGAGCCAGAUACCCCUGUACGAAAAGGUCAUCGCCGUUCAUCAAGUGAUUCUUUUGCUUAUCUUGAUGCUGCCAGUAUGUCCAACAUUGAUUAUAUGCCGGUGUCGCGUGAUGAAAGCAAGUUCAGACCUAUGGUGUCUGCUCCAUUAUGGGGAUCGCAAAACUUUGAUCUUAUGAGAGAAGCUCCACAAGGGUCUCUUUACCACGAUUCUAACUUUUAUGGGAAACGUAAUAAGAAUAGGGCACUGGAAUUGAAAUUGACUCCCCCAAAUCAUACUAGCGGUUUGCGCUUAUCCAGGGAUAACGUUAUUAUCCAAAGCACUGGAGGAUCUUCUGCUCUGCUUGAAGCGAAUCCAAUUCCAGUUGAGAAGCAAGAUCAAAGUGAAUCUGGUUCUUAUGAUCUCAGAACUUCCUCUGAGAAGAAAGAUGGUUCCCAUGCCAAAACUCCAUCUGAAAAUGAUACAAAACGUGCUAAGCAGCAAUUUGCUCAACGUUCAAGGGUUCGGAAGCUUCAGUACAUAGCUGAGCUAGAAACUAAUGUGCAGGCACUACAGGCUGAGGGGUCUGAAGUUUCAGCACAGCUUGAGUUUCUCAAUCAACAAAAUUUAAUCCUAAGCAUGGAGAAUAAAGCUCUGAAACAACGUUUGGACAACUUGGCUCAGGAGAAGCUCAUCAAAUACUUGGAGCAUGAAGUUUUGGAAAGGGAGAUAGGUCGUCUUCGGGCUUUAUACCAACAGCAGCAGCAGCCACCACCACCACCACCACAACGACCGUCAUCUAGCCACAGGCGGACAAACAGCAGAGAUCUCGAUUCUCAGUUUGCAAAUCUCAGUUUAAGGCCAAAGGAGGCUAGUUCUGGGUCGGACUCCUUUAGCGGUCCAGUUGGUAUUUGAACUUGCGAUUUUCAGAGAGGAAUUUGUAUGUGCUUUGUAUCCUCGAAUCACAGUUGCCACGCUGGUUUAGCUGUCAUCUCUGGUGCAGGAUUGGUCCCGUUUAAAGGUGACCUGUGGCUCGGAUAACCUAAUUUAUUUUUUUCCGUUCAGUUUUUGGUUUUCCAUUGAAUUAAAUUAUUAUUGUCGUGCACCUGGUGGCCGUCUCACUGGAAUGGAAGGAAAUUCUUUUACCAGGUAGAUGUCUUGCCUGAGGUGGUUAAGGGAAAAGGGUACUUGUCUUAAUUCAUGUGUGAUUUAGCAAUCACUAAUUUAAGAAUUUGUUUAUCCCAAUGUUUUGCCUUUUGCUCAUAGCAAUUGUCAGAUAUGGAACCCUGCAGAAAGCAGGAGUGAAUAUGGGGUGUUACUUGUAAUGCAUCAUUGAUGAAGCAGCUUUCUGUAAUGAGCAUUUUUAGUGACAGUUCGGCCUUAUUAUUUCAGUUGUAAAUUUUUUAAUGUGCAGUAAAUUAGUUUUUCCUGUUUUGUGGCAUGAUCUAA